AAUACAAACAAGCAUGAUAUAGUAAAAAAAUGAAAGCAUGAUCAAACGGUUCAAAUGCAUUAACUGUUGAACUUGAGAUUACGUAUGUAGAACAGUGUUGUGCAUCGUUCAUCUUUCUUCAAAUCUAUAAAUUCGUACACCAGCCUCUACUAUGAAACACACAAAUUUAGCCAUAGAGAAAAUGGAGAGGACACAGAGAAGUUUAAGCUUGUUGGUGCUGUGUUUCCUGAUCAUGGGAACAACAAAGUUAGUGAGUGGCCAGACUGCGAACAACGUAAGAGCAACAUACAAUAACUACAACCCUCAGAAUAUUGGUUGGAGCUACAACACCGCCAGUGUUUACUGUGCUACCUGGGAUUCUAACCAGCCCUUGUCAUGGCGUCGAAAAUACGGUUGGACUGCCUUUUGUGGACCCGCCGGACCUCAUGGCAGAAACUCUUGUGGCAAAUGCUUGAGGGUGAGAAAUACUGCAACUGGAGCUCAGACAACAGUGAGAAUAGUGGAUCAGUGUGGUAAUGGUGGGUUGGAUUUGGAUGUGAAUGUGUUCAAUAGACUUGAUACCAAUGGACAGGGUUACCACCUGGGUCACCUUACGGUUACCUAUGUCUUUGUUAAUUGCUAAUGCUAAUGAAUCACUCUUUGUGAUGAUAAGUUGUAUUACUGUCCAAUAAUACCAUAAAUAAAUAUAUAAAUAAAACAAUGGUGCAACUUGGAUGAAUUUAUAAUUGUUCUUAUUUAUCUCUUUCUAUUCCGAAAACUUGUUAUUUUAAUUUCAUUUCUUCGGCCUUUGGCAAAUGAAUCCAGUCUGUUGUCAUGUCUAGUUUAUCCACACUUUAAAAUAAAAUGGCU